GCUCCAGAGGUUUCAAUCCUUUGUGUUGGAUCAAGAGUGGUUCCAUGCCUUGUGCUUAGAUCCACUAUCCUUUUUAGAAUGAUGAACUUUUUGUGAAAAACUUCCCUGGAAAUUUGUGGGUGAAGGGCUGGAUCAGAUUCUUAGAUGGCUUUAGUGAUGCAAGGUAAACAUGCAGAAGCAAUGGUGGAACUGUCAAAGAUAUGCCUUGUUUGGCGGAUUUUCCCUCCCGAGGAGUCUUCGCAGCAGAUGUUUUGUUUUGCUUCUCUUGCUCUCCUCGCUCUCUCCGUCUGGUCUCUGAGUCAAGACAUACCAUCAUAUGGGUUACCGGGUUUUCUUAUGAUGGAGAGGAAGAGAUAUUUGGCUGAUUCUAUGCUGCAGUCAGGUGCAUAUAUAAAUGUGCUUACAGUCAGAAAAGUGCUGCAAUGCCAAUUCCAAACCACAUGUAAAUCCAAUUUCAUCGAAGAAGUUCAAGUUAAUCUCUUGUCCAGGAAUGGAAUGGUGCAACCCAACCCAGUUAAACAAUAGCAUAUUGAUUAUACACGAAGAAAAUCACAAGAAUGAGGAUUUGUCUGCAUAUAUAUGGUUUUGAUUCAAUUGUGUUUUGAUAGGAUGACACGAACAAUUUCUCGAUGAGCAUGAACAAGUUCAAGUAUUCAACACUUCAAAAGAGGGAGAGAUUAGUAUUUGCUAGAAAGUUGAAGUUUGAAAACAGAUCUCAGGUCAUUUUUCAACUUUUUAAAUUACUUGGUUAUAAAUCAAUUUGGAGACUAAAUAGUGGUUAUUGUUCCAAAUUAAUAAAAGGCGCCUUUUCUUUUGC